AUGUACGGCUUCGGCUUCAAGAGCAGUGGCGUGCGCCAGAUGUGUGAAGAGUUGAAUAGACUUCAUACGCGCAUCUUGAAAGCCGCGAAAGCGAGCUCUGAUCUCACAAUGGGCGCGUUGGGGCGCAAGUACAAUGAGCUGAAAUGUGACGUUGACCAUCGACCCGAGGUGGCAUUUUGUCAGGCAAUAAGUGCGCUCGUCACGUGUUUCCAGCAAAUCAUGUUUUUGUGCUCUGUGGAGAGCUUGCUGUCGAUAUACGGCAACGAGCUAGGAAUGCUGGGUGAUACUGAGACAGCUGUCAAAGAGCUGGGUCGAGUGCUCAUUGAACUGCGGUCUAUGAAAUCCCCGCGCGCGACGGCGUUCCGUGUCUCCAUUACUUCGGAACCAUCAGGCAUCGUGGUCGAGCUUCCGAUCAUUACACGUCGUGCGAGUGAAUACCUGAGCAUAGCAUGCAUCCAGUUCCAGGCCAGGACGCAGUAUCAGGGGCCAUUUUUUUUUGCCUCUUUUGACUCCAGAGGAGAGGAUGCGCGCAAAGUUUUGUUUCAGAAGCCUAUUCGGGUCGUGCCGGUGUUCUUCUUGCAGGGAAUGAAUGAAAUGCAAACGGUGGCAAACACGGUUGGCUCCGUUGCAGAAAGAGAUUAA